AUGACAAGUUCAUUGUCAAUUUUUGUUUUACUUGUGGCGGGCUUAUUGUGCACAACUUAUGCCCUGUCUACUGAGGAGGACGGUUCGUGUCAUUCCUUUGCCGGUGGUUCUGUUUAUCCAGCAGAGAGUCCCAAAGGUGAUCAUACUUUACAAACUACCAAAGCAGUCAUUUCCAAGCCAGCUCCCCAAUUUGAGGGAACCGCAGUUGUCAACAAAGAGAUUGUCAAGCUUUCGCUGUCUCAAUAUGCCGGGAAAUAUGUUGUAUUACUAUUCUAUCCAUUGGAUUUCACAUUUGUAUGUCCCACCGAAAUCAUUGCUUUCUCUGAUCGCAUUGAAGAAUUCCGUAAAAUAAAUACUGAAGUAAUUGCCUGCAGCGUGGAUUCGCAUUUCACACAUUUAGCUUGGAUCAAUACACCACGUAAAGAAGGCGGAUUGGGUAGUGUUAAAAUUCCACUACUUUCCGAUUUAACUCACAAAAUUAGCCGAGACUAUGGUGUCUACUUGGACGAUUUGGGUCACACAUUGCGUGGUCUUUUCAUCAUUGAUCAUCGUGGCAUUCUACGUCAAAUCACCAUGAAUGAUUUACCUGUCGGCCGUUCCGUAGAUGAAACUUUACGAUUGGUACAAGCUUUCCAAUACACCGAUACACAUGGUGAGGUUUGCCCAGCUGGUUGGAAACCUGGUGCAGAUACUAUUGUGCCAAAUCCCAAAGAAAAAACUAAGUAUUUUGAGAAAAAUAAUUAAAAUGUUAUCGUGGAAGAAACAGCAGUAACUGUGAA